AAGUGUAAUUUUGAAGAAUGGGGUCGCGAGGUCCUAUUUCUAAGCUGAGGCUUUCGACCUUCCUUGGUCGCGGGGGUCAACAACCUUCUUCACUACCUCCUCCAGUAUCUAGGAUGGAAAUGUUGUCAAGCAGUUCUCGUGGAUUCAUGUUCGCUCUAACAGGAUUUCUUGGAGGUUCUGGUUUUAUUUACUAUCUUAUCAAUCCAGAACGAAUGAAAAUGCGACAACUGCAGACUAUAGGAGGAGAACAGGAAGAACGGAAACGGAUUUUAUCUCCAAGAGAGAAAAGAUUUAUUAAGUUUUCCUCAGUUGAACUUAACGGACAGAUUUUUAUGACUCCCCAGGAUUUUCUUGACUCCGUUGUUGAAUCUGAACCUAAACCUAGAAUCAAGAGAAGGAAACUCACACUAGACGAGGUAUACAGGGAGACCCAUCAAACUCUGCAAUUAAAAGACGACUUUCAGAACAUUGGAUCUAAAGGUCUGAUUUCUUACUCCGAAUAUCUGUUCCUUCUGACUAUUCUGAUCAAACCUACAUCCGGGUUCAGGAUUGCAUUCUCUAUGUUGGACCAUGAUGGUAAUGAGAAAAUUGAUAAGGUGAUAACAUACAGAACCCGACACACAUGCUUUUUGGAACGACGAGAGGUAGAGGGAGAUAGUAAGGAAGACGACUUUCUACAAAAAGAUAUUCCUGUUGAUACAACCAUCCUCGUUCAUUUCUUCGGAAAGAAGGGAGACAGAGAACUUCGUUUUGAGGAUUUCACUCUGUUUAUGGAGAGUUUACAAACUGAAGUUCUUCACAUGGAAUUCGGAGAGUUCUCUAAGGGAGCUGGAAGUAUAUCUGAACUGGAUUUUGCCCGAAUUCUACUCCGCUACACCGAUUAUGAAACAAUCUUAAACAGGCUGUAUGAAAGACUGGAGGAGGAGAAAGGAAUAUCCUUUGAAGAAUUUAAGGAUUUCUGCCAGUUUCUGAAUAAUCUCGAGGAUUUUCAGAUUGCUAUGCGUAUGUACACUUUAGCAGAUAAAGCUAUUACCCAGGAAGAGUUUUCACGUGCAGUGUACAUAUGUACAGGAAAACAGCUGAGUUCUCAUAUUGUACAGACAGUAUUUCAAAUAUUUGAUGAUGAUGGGGAUGGACUGCUGAGCUAUCAGGAGUUUGUGGCGAUCAUGAAGGAUCGGAUACACAGAGGGCUUAAAUCCUACGCCAGGUAAUCAUGAAGGAUCGGAUACACAGAGG